AGACACUUCUUUAAUUAAUUUCUUGCCAAGAUCGAAUUUUUAGUGAGACCCAUUAUAUAUAAUUCGUUGCUGAUCUGGGGUUUUGGUGUUUUGUAUUGUGGAGGGGAGAGAUGCUUGCAAUGUUUGAUCUGGGCUGCCAGGUAAUGUUAUGACUGCUUUGAUUUUGUUGAUUUGGUUUGAUGAUUUAGUGAUUAGGGUUUGGAUUUGUUAUUGUUUGGAGGGGUUUGUAAUUGUUGGAAUGGGUUGUGGAGGGUCUAAAGUUGAUGACUUGCCAUUAGUGAUUAGGUGUAGGGAGAGAAAAGAACUAAUUAAAGCUGCAGUUGAUCAUAGGUAUGCUCUUUCUACUGCACAUAUACUGUAUUUUCGUUCUUUGAUUGAUGUUGGUGAGGCGCUCCGUCGGUUUGUUGAUGAAGAGAUUGUGGUUGGCGAAUCGCCUUUGGAUUCGCCUGUGCUUACAUUGCCCUCUGAUGAGGGGAAAAGGGGGAGAAGUAGGAAUUUGGGGAGUACUAGUAGGAAUGUUGGUGGUGAGCACCGCAAGAGUACUUCGGAUUCGGGGUCGAUUUCUCAUGGUCAUUUGAGGGUUGAUGAUGAUGAGGAUGGUCAUUUGCAUUUAUCGGAUUCUGACUUGGAUUCGUCUUCUGGUCAUAUUCAUUUAGAUGAUGGACACAUUCACAUUGAUGACGAAGAAGAUGAUGAUGAUAGUCCAAGAAAUAGGGGUAGAAAGGCUUCUCCACCUCGUCAAAGAGGUUUUCAGCCCGAGGGUUAUGGAGUGGAUGGAUAUCCUGGAAGGGAGCCUAAUGGUUAUGGAGUAGAUAGAUAUCCUCCUUGGGGGCCUAAUGGUUAUGAGUCAAAUUUUAAUCCACCCCCUCAAUCAGCUUGGCAGCCGUAUGGUUAUGGGAUGAAUCCGCCUUAUGCUAUGAAUGUUGUGGAUGAACCUUAUGGAAUGAAUGUCGUGGAUGAACCUUAUGGAAUGAAUGUUGCGGAUCAACCUUAUGGAAUGAAUGUCGAAGAUCAACCCUAUGGAACAGGUUGGGGACAGUAUGGAGGGAGUUCAAAUUCAUAUGCAUAUUACAUGAGAAGCUCUGGGCCAUCUGUUCGUACUGUGAUUCAUGGUGAAGGACCAUAUGCCUCUGCAAAUUCAUACUCAGGGUACCCUGAUGCAAGUGGGGGGUUCUUUGGGUUUCUAACAAGUUCACCACCAGAAAGGCCUCCCCCAAGUAACAGAACUAGUUCUCAAGCUGAUCCACUUCCACCUCCGCCUCCUGCCCCAAGUGUUUCUGGAUGGGAUUUUUUAAACCCUUUUGAUGGAUAUGGUUAUGAGAAUGGUUAUCUAGGUAAUUAUACUCAGAGUGUGUAUGGAUCUAUUGCUAGUAGUCCAAAUUCGGAUGAAGUAAGGGAAAGGGAGGGAAUUCCUGAUUUAGAAGAAGAAACGGAAACUGAGAUCAUUAAAGAAGUUCAGAAGCAAAAAAAUGUGAAUGAGAAUGUAAAGAGAAAUCCUAAACCAAUGCCACCAAAAAAAGGCGAUGGUUCAAGGGCUGUUCGGUCGCAUGGUAGUGAGGGUAGUCCAAGGACGGUACCGUCUCACAGUAAUGAUGCUUCAAGGGCAAUACCAUCCCACAAUGACGGAGAUACAAAGGCAAUUCCAUCACGCAAUGACGGAGGUAAGAAGGCCAUGCCAUCAUUUCAAAGUGAGGGCACUUCUAGAGCAGGACCAUCACGAAAUAAUGAGGCAAAAUCAUCAAGUUCUGCAAAAGGUGAAGAAGGCAGUCCGGAUACAGUUGUGACAAUGAGCUCAGAGGAUGAUUAUGUGCAGAAAAGAGAGGUCAGUUUUGAGGUGGAAGAGGUGUCAAUUCACGAUGUUGAAUCAUCAAAGACGAGUAGUUUAACGACAUUAUCUACUCAUGGUUCUCGAGAUAUUCAGGAGGUGGUUGGUGAAAUUAAGAAUGAAUUUGAGAUUGCAUCUAGUCAUGGGAAAGAGGUCGCAUUGAUGCUUGAGGUCGGGAAGCUACCCUAUCUACCAAAGUCAACUGCACUCAAAGUGGCGCUGUCCAGAAUUAUGCAUCGGAAAGCACCUUCUUCGGCAUCGUCAUUAGCUAGUUCUAGGCCUUCAGUAAGAGUGAAUUCAAAGACAAUAAAGCUUGCAAGAUCUUAUUAUGAGAAUUCUGAAAAGGACACAAAUGUCGAGUAUGGCAACAUCUCAUCUAUUUUGGAAGAGCUCUAUGCAUGGGAAAAAAAGCUAUAUAAGGAAGUUAAGGUCGAAGAAAGGCUACGACUUGUUUAUGAGAAGUUAUGCAAGAAACUUAAAGCUUUGGAUGACAAGGGGGCGGAGUCCAGCAAAAUUGAUGCAACACGAGCAUCUGUAAGGAGAUUACUAACAAAGCUUAAUGUUUGCAUGAGAGGUAUCGAGGCCAUCUCAAGCAGAAUUCACAAGUUGAGGGAUGAGGAACUGCAACCCCGGAUCACAACAUUGAUUCAUGGGCUUACAAGGAUGUGGAAGUUGAUGCUCAAGUGUCACCGGAAGCAGUUUCAAGCUAUUAUGGAUAGUAAAACACGAACGUUGAGAUCUAACACUGGAUUUCAAAAAGAUUCGAGGUUGAGAGCCACUAUUGAACUUGAAAUGGAGCUCCGCAGUUGGUGCUCUAAUUUCAACGAUUGGAUUACAGCUCAAAAGUCUUACGUUCAGUCUUUAAAUGGAUGGCUUUUUCAAUGUCUAAAUUAUGAACCAGAAGUAACGUCUGAUGGAAUUGUACCCUUCUCCCCGGGACGUAUUGGAGCUCCUCUGAUUUUUGCAACAUGCCAUGAUUGGCACCAAGCAAUGGAAGUUAUGAAUGAAGACGGAGUUUCUAAUUCUAUGCAGCAUUUUGCAUCAAAUUUGCGGAAACUGUGGGAGAGGCAAGACGAAGAGCAACGUCACAGGCUCAAAGCAGAGUUUCUUGCAAAAGAUUAUGACAAGCGGAUGAAAGGGCUUCAUGGUGAGAGGGUGAAGCCAGGGCGGAAACAAGACGGAGUGUCAGGAAAAUCAAUUGCUGCCUCAGACAGUGGAAUCUCACGUCAUGAUGAUCUUAAAGUAGACUUGGAUUCGAUGAGAAAGCGAUUAGAAGAAGAGAGAAUACGACACAGUGAUGCUAUGAAGUUGGUGCACGAUGCAGCGUCUAGUAGUUUACAAGGAGGUUUGGUCCCAAUAUUCAAGGCUCUUGAGAACUUCUCCUCAGAGGCUUUGAAAGCUCAUGCACAAGUAAGGCCACAAACUUCCGGAGAGGGCAAUUAGCUGGGUAGAAAAUGAGAAGUUUACAUUCAAGAUUAGACGAUGUACAGAUUAGAGUCAGGCUAGUGAAGGCAAAGAUUUUCCGAGGGCAGAAGAACUUUUGAAGAACUCGAAGGUUAGCAAAACAUGCAUAGUUGUAGACUGUUUAAGGAU